AUGGCUGCUGGUAAUAUCACUUAUGUCACUGAAUUCAUUCUCAAAGGAAUUACAGACCGGCCAGAACUCCAGGCCCCAUGUUUUGUGAUAUUUUUAGUCAUCUCUCUGGUCACAGUUCUGGGGACCAUUGGAUUGAUUAUCUUAAUUAGGAUUGACACUCGACUCCACACACCUCUGUACUAUUUCCUCAGUCACCUGGCCUUUGUAGACCUUUGUUACUCCUCUGCCAUUACCCGGAAGAUGAUGGUGAACUUUGUUGUGGAACAUGACACUAUUCCUUUCCAUGCUUGUGCAACACACCUGGGCUGCUUUCUUACCUUCAUGAUCACCGAGUGUUUCCUUUUAGCCUCUAUGGCGUAUGAUCGCUACGUAGCCAUCUGUAGUCCUCUGCAUUAUUCACUACUGAUGUCAAAAAGAGUCUGCAUUCAAUUAGCGACUGUUCCAUAUAUAUAUAGCUUUCUAGUCGCCCUCUUCCAUACCAUUGUCACCUUCCAUCUAACUUACUGUGGCCCCAAUGUAAUUAACCGUUUCUACUGCGAUGACCUUCCCCUCUUAGCUUAUAUGAUCUGUUCCUCUUUGAUUGUACUCAUCUCUUACAUCUUUAUCAUUUCCGCCAUCUUAAGGAUUCGCUCCACCCAGGGGCGACGCAAGGCCAUCUCCACCUGUGGCUCCUAUAUGGUGGCUGUCACAAUUUUCUAUGGCACACUAAUCUUUAUGGACCUACAGCCUAAAUCAAACCACUCCCUGGACACAGACAGAAUGGCUUCCGUCUUUUAGACCGUAGUGAUCUCCAUGUUGAACCCUCUCAUCUAUAGUCCAAGGAACAAGGAGGUAAAAGAAGCCUCGAAGAAAGCCUUCAAUAAAGGUUGUGAAGAUUUAAAGAUGUUGCAAUUAAGAAAAUAAUAAUAAAAAUACUUUGUUAACUGAAAGUAGGGAAAGAAGUCUCUU